AUGGCGCCAGGCUCACGUAGCACGGCUCCGCCCGCUAAAGCGCCACCACUCCCAUGGAAAGAUUUACUUCAGGUGAUCACAGCGGCCCGGCCUCUGCGUCGCGCUGAUGUGGCCGCGGUCAUUGCGCACCUGGGCGCCGGUACGUUGGCACGUGCUUUGUCGCUCUACACGAGCAGCUCCACGCUGCCUACGUCUGCUGGUGUGGGCUGGCAUGCGGAUGCAUCCUGGGAGGCCUCGCCGAGUCGUGUGCGUAUGGCCAAACAAACAGUCAAUGCCGUGCUUACGGCAUUGCAGACAAUGGCCUCGGCUCGUGCUGCGCCGAAAGUGGACGUGGUGCUGCCGCACAUCGACUGCUUCCGUAUUGCUAUGAGUGCACUCGAAGUCUGCGGUACCGAUGCCUCUGUUCUGGCUCCUGUCGCCCUCUCAGUACUUCGGCGGAUGAGUGCGCUGCCGUGUGCGUCGCAGGCCCUGACUGAGCUCGUCGCGUUGUGCAUGUACCUGCAGCGUGACGCGUCGUCGGCGUGUGUCAGUGUGCAUGAGCCAGGAACACCACAUACUCGUCUUAUGGCGAUAGUGCAUGCGAAGGUGGACGAAUGCAACUAUGCGUACUUUACCGAAGCCCUAGCGUUGGCUGUGGCCUGUGGCCUUCCUCUUCUGACGUCGGUCGACGAGGUGGCCUCCCUGUGGCCUGCGCUGUAUGCAAAUUACGAACUCUUUCUUCCCUUGGCGACCUGCACGGACGAAGUGACGCGCCUUGCGUAUGCGACGGAACGUGCUAUAUCCCAUGCGCUAAGCUCUGCGCCGUCGUCCGAGCAUGCAUGGCCCCUACGGCUCGGCACGCUGCGUAUGUUGAUACCCAUUUCUACCAUUGACGAUGAUGCCUUAUGGCAGCGCGUGCUUCGUGUAUGCCAGUACCACGUGCGUACGCACGGCCAGGAUUCACUGCGUGCCGAUAUGCCCGCCUUUUUGACGUGGGCCGAGGCACAUCAGCGCUUGCAAGGCGCUGCCUACGAUGCCUUUCUGCAAUGGAUGUCGAUGCAGGGCCUUUCCGACGCGUUAUCGUCUCAGGAAGAGGCUUCAGCGCCUCAUGCCGUGGACGCCACGACGACCCUGCAAGCGUGUAUGUCGCUGCAAGACGAUGAUCUCGCUGCAGCGCUGCCGUUGUUUUCCGUCCCAUUGGCAUCGGACGUGUCGUCGAGCCUACCGCGUGUGAUGCGUGGCUUCCUGGGGCAGGUCAACGAUACCCCUCUUUCACCAACGGCCCUCACGUUCGUGGAAACGGCCUGGCCGGCCUUCCUCGCGUGUCGCUCGGACGAGCGCCCAUGGCCGUACGAAGUGGAUGCUGUGCAUCUCGCGCAUACGGUAUGCCAAGCGACCUUUGACGAGGCUCAGCCUGGGACGGCGCGCGUGUCGAUGUGGACGGCUAUGCUACCUUUAUCGUCUGCACCCACUGCGUUUACCAUUAGCACGCACCUGUUUCACUAUGGAAGUCGGCUUUAUGCCACGCAGGCGUACGCUUACGCUGCGCCAUGGAUCGAGGCGGCAUGUCGUGCGUGUGAGCAUGCGCUCUCGUCUGACUCGGCGCAGGACGCCUGGUACGAAGCGUACUAUAAACAGACUCACGUCUUAGGCGGCGCCUACCAGCACAUGGCCCAAUGGGAGUCGGCGUACCGCGCCUAUGAACGCGGGGCCUUGUUGACAAAGAGGUACUUGGAAGCCCACGUAUCGACAUUGGAUCAUCUGACGCCGCCCCCCAUGAUUGUGCGUCUGUGGACGAGUGCGCAUCACGUCGCUGUUUUUGGCCUAUUACAGCCGCGGCUGGUGCUGGACGUGAUAGCGGCGUGGCCUGCAACUGUGCGUACGCCGAUUCACGUAUGGCUCAUGGAAGCGCUGCGACCUAUGCUGCUUCGUGACGAUGCGCCUGCUGCGUUUACCACGACCAUGGACGACGCUCUCGCGGCUCUCGAUCCCACCUUGGCGCCGGGGGCGAGCACGCAACUCUGGCUUGGCCAGGCGGAAUGGCAGGUGCUACGGGGGGAUCCCAUAUCCACGGGCCCUGUGCUCGCCACGGCGGCCAAGCUACCAGCGUCGCCGCAUCGUGAGUAUGUGUAUGGCGCAUGGCACCUUCUGCAGUGCCUGGCUUCGAUACGUGCGUGUGAGUAUACCGAGGCAUUGGAUGCCAUGGCGCAGGCCGAGAAGCCAUCGCUGUCGUCCGCGCCGCGUCGCACAGCACGGACGAUGCGUACACGAAGCACUCGCACAAACCAGGCACAGACACCACGUACCCCGCCAGCGCGCACUCCAUCGCAGACCACCAAGUCAGAGACGCCUCGCGUUCCUCCGCUCGUCGCGCUUUGGGACUUGGCGGCAGAGGCAUGGCUGCAUGCAGGCAUGCCAGGCGCCGCGAUCCGGGCCUGGCAUGCUGCGUUGGCGGCGAUGCCAGAGGCUGCAUCGACGGCUAUGUACCGUACCAUCCAGCAUCGCCUUGCCGACGUAUGGCUCGCGCUCGAGGCUGUGGAGGCGGCAGCUCAGUGCCUGCCUGCGUUGGACGAUGAUAUGCCUGCUCGAUGGCACUUGACGCAUGCGCACGUCGCUGCGAAGCAGGGCGAUAUAGGACGUGCACAUGCGCUGUACACGCAGGCGAUAGCGGCCGCGUCGCAAGCGACGCCUGAGCCUACCUCGGCCUGGGAUCGUUGGCAGGCCAAAGUCGCUCGUGUGGACUUGCAAGCGCACGCCACAGACGUCCAUGUCGCUCUUUGUGUAGCGUCUCAUCAGUACGCGUAUGCGUUGCGAUCGAGCUUGCACGCCUUGCGUCUGCGUCUGCGGAUGGCGAUGGUCGUAUCCCAGGUCGGUCGUGUGGCAUCAGACGAUGAAGAUGUGUUCGACUCUGCAUCGUCGCAGGAAGCGCCAGCGGGGCCACGAAUUACUACGCGCGCAUGGGCGAUGUGGCAUUGGCGGACAGGCACGUCUCUCCAUGCCGCAUACCUUCGUCAGAGUCGUUUGCAUGCACACCGCGGCGCCGUGCGCGAUGCAGAUGCGUUUGCCAGAGAGUGUGUCGACUUUUCCGCAGAACGUGGUGUGCCGCUGGUGUACGCAGAAGCUUUGGCAUGGCGCGCAACGUGGCUUGAUGCAUGUGGCCAAGCUGACGAAGCACAGCAGGAUGCACAGUUGGUGCGUGGAUAUGCACAAGGUCAUGCUGUGCCUGCGCAGGUAUGGACCUCGCUUCUCUCUACGCAGGAGGACAGCGAGGCAGCAAGGGAUUGGUACGACCAAGUCUGUGCGUCGCUGCCCACCUCGCUUCCUGUUCUCACGACAUUGCGCGAUUACCUUCUUUGUCGUUCCGCAUCCGCAACGUAUGCACAGACCAACGACCUUUCGGCCGCCAUGGAUGCGCUCGCUGAUGCGGAUUCUCCUACAGCUUGGACUGUUCGUGCCCAGCUGCAUCAUCGCGAAGCACAGCGUGUGCUUCGCACAGAUGCGCUCUACGCCAUGCUCCCUGAGAUGGCGCGGCUCAUGCCGGGCGUGGCUACAGCUCCCAGCCGACCUUCCGCGGCUGCGAAGCGAGCGAUCGCGCAUGUACAAACGGCUAUGGCCGAAGCGCGCCGUGUACUCGAUGCGGAAGCCCAAGCAGACCUUCGCGAUGUACGCGCGGCCUUAGACACGUGCCGUGAUGGGGUCGUGACACAAGCCCUGCUUACGCACAUGCAUUACGACGCGGCAGGCCGAGACGCUGCGUUGUAUGCGCAUGCAGCGUGCACGAUCUCUGUGCAACGGGAUCUAGACGAUGCCCUGAUCGCACGCCAACGCAUCGAGUCGGCUUAUCCAGCAGCGUUAUCGCACGACAAGGCGGCACCCCGGCCAUGGGUCUUGAACGGUAUUGAAUGGCCAGCCACUGAAAUGGCCCUUCUUAUGAUGCUUUCGCACGACCGACAGGACUUGAUCUGUGCUCGCUUCGGCGAUGGCUACCCUCCGCUGCAUGUCUCUAUUCCCAUUGCGCGGCAGUCGCAUCGCGAUGGGGACGAAGAGGCAUGGACCGUCGAUACAGUGUUGGCGACGUUGUCAGAUAUGGUGCAUACCUCGAACGAGCGCGUUCAAGGUGCAAAGGAUGUGACUGCGCUGGACGCCCGCAAGGCAUGGUGGACAGAGCGACGUGCGAUGGACCAGUCGCUGGGCUCUCUGUUAGCGACGAUUCAAGCGACCUGGCUGGGUGCUUUCCUUGGCCUGUUUUUCGCAUGGCCACCGCCCAGCCAGCUGGAGGCCUGGCGUGCUAAAGUGGAUGUGCUUGUUCAUCGCGCAUGCGGUGCGCAUCCACGAGCUCGAUCCAAAGCUCUCGGCACGGUGCCCUUACCUGCCAUGGCGUGCCUAGUCGCGAUGCCUUCGUAUGAAAACGACGCCUUGGAAGAUUGGCUACACUUUGCUAUGGAUGCCAUUCAGCAAAGUGGCGCGCCUGUAGCGCAAGAUGAAGUGGAUCUGGAUGCCUGCUGUGUGGAUUUGCGUGGCCUUCUGGACGAAUGGCACGCUCGAUGGACGCCGCCGGAGGAUCAUCAUCUCUCCCUCUUGCUCGAUGGCGCACUGACACAGAUACCCUGGGAAUCCAUGCCGGCCCUACGUGCCCACUCUGUGACACGACGUACCUCCUUCCAACCCUAUGAGCCGCCUAUGACACUGUCACCUGCACGCACGGCCUACGUACUGAACCCAGGCGGCGACCUACACCGAAGUGAAGAGCGCUUUGCGCCGCUCUUCCAAGCGCAGUCGACAUGGCAAGGCACCAUUGGCACACCGCCAUUGAUGGACCAGAUUCCCACCGCCCUGGCCACACAAGAUACCUUUUUGUACAUCGGCCAUUCUGCGGCUGAAAUGUACAUGCAUCCUACACGUCUACGUGACUUGACGCGGUGCGCCGCUACAAUGUUGUGGGGCUGCUCCAGCGCAGCGCUUCGUGUGCAUGGCACAUACCCCCCUAGUGGCACGCCCUACCUGUACGCACUGGCACAGUGCCCUUCAUUAGUGGUGGCCUUAUGGGAUACUACUGAUCGGGAAUUGGAUGGGGUAUGUCACUAUGUACUGCAGCAUGUGGGCUUGCUGCCUGGCAGUGAGACGACGUGCACAUUACCUCGCGCCAUGGCCAUGGCUCGAUCCCAGUGCAAGCUGCCCUUCCUUACAGGUGCUGCAUGUGUGGUAUAUGGUACGCCCGUAUCAUGGUGCAGCGGUCGGCGUUGA